AUGAAAGGCAGCGGAGAUGACCCGAUUGGGGCGAGCCCAGAUGGGGAUGGCCAAGAAGAGGAAAGCCCCAAUGGGGGAGGAAGCCCCAACCGGGAGAGCCCAAGCGGGGGUGCCCACAAGGGGGAGGAGGACCAAAGCGAGUUACCGCCAAACAAACGUAGCAAAGGUAAACAAGUCGAUCAGCUAAUCAUCGAAGAAGCAGACGAAAAUACAAUCAUCCCCUACUACCUAUCCAAUCUACUAACUAACGCAUCCAACCCAGUGGUAUUUAUGGAUAUAAAUCUGGGGAACCAUUUUUUGGGCAAAUUUAAAUUUGAACUUUUCCAAAAUAUUGUCCCCAAAACAAGCGAAAAUUUUAGACAAUUCUGCACAGGAGAAUACAAAGUAAAUAACCUCCCAGUGGGAUACAAAAAUACGACAUUCCAUAGAGUGAUAAAGGAGUUCAUGAUUCAGGGGGGAGAUUUUGUGAACUACAAUGGAAGUGGGAGCUUAAGUAUUUAUGGGGAGAAUUUUGAAGACGAGAAUUUUGAUGUAAAGCAUGACAAAGAAGGAUUACUCAGCAUGGCUAAUAGUGGGCCGAAUACAAAUGGGUGUCAGUUUUUUAUUACCACGAAGAAAUGUGAAUGGCUUGAUGGGAAGAAUGUCGUUUUUGGAAGAAUCAUAGACAGCGACUCUUUAAUUUUGCUCAAAAAAAUUGAAAAUGUUUCUGUCACGCCCUAUAUUUAUAAGCCAAAAAUUCCGAUUAAUAUCGUCGAAUGCGGGGAACUCUGUGGCACCCCCCUGGUGCGCUUCCAAAGACGCAGUUGCAAACGCCUUUUUAAGGUAUAA